CCUGGGCUUCCCGAUCCCAGCCCAAGCCCCUCGCUCCUCGCUGCCUUAAAGGGAGAAGCAGCAGCCCAGCUGCAGCCCCAGGAGCUCCGCGCCGCCCGGCAGCCUCUGGAGGGCCAGCCUUGGCCAGGAGAGCAGGUAACAUUCUGAACAACCUUAGUCUUCAAUUCAAAAACAGAGAAGAUGGAGGAAACCGUAGAGCUUUCACCUGAUGGAAAUUCUCUGAUAAAAGCUGUUUAUCACAGAAGACUGCGUCUCACAAGAUUGUUAUUAGAAGGUGGAGCCUAUAUCAAUGAAAGCAAUGACCGUGGUGAAACUCCUUUAAUGGUUGCUUGUAAGACAAACCAUGUGGACCCCCAAAGUGUCAGCAAAGUAAAAAUGGUUAAAUAUCUUCUAGAAAAUAAGGCAGAUCCAAAUAUCCAGGACAAAACUGGAAAAACAGCCUUGAUGCAUGCAUGCCUACAGAAAGCUGGCCCUGAAAUAAUUUCUUUGCUACUUAAAAGUGGUGCAGAUGUAAGUUUGCAAGAUCAUUCUGGCAACUCAGUUCUUGUUUACUCAGUGAACUCAGAAGAUAAAGAAACCCUGAAAGUUCUUUUAGAUGCUUGUAAAGCAAAAGGGAAAGAAGUAAUAAUCAUUACGAAAGACAGAUCUCCAUCUGGAAAACAAAGAACUAGGCAGUAUUUAAAUGUACCUCCAAUGGAUAGUGAUGAAUCUCAGUUUCCAGGUUCUUGCACUUCUCCAUCAGAUGUAGAAGUUAAAACAUCUCCAUCUCCAUCAACAAAUUCAAAUCAGAAAGAAAAUGCUCUCUUUAACUUUAAAGAGACUAGUUAUUCUGGAAGAAAGGAAGAUUCACCUGAGCCACACUCUCCUUCAAGGAAAACACACACAGGACCUCAAGUGCAGCAUGUAUACUCCGAACCCUGGAUGAAGACUACUUCAAUAUCAGAACAGAAUCAAAUAUCAUCUUUACAAAAAGAGCUUCAGGAUAUAACUCCUGAAGAAGAAUUGUGUCUUAAAAUUAAUAGUCUAGCCCUGUCUAAGAGGUUUAUCACUAGACAUCACAGCAUUGAUAUAAAGGAUACCCUUAAUUUCUUGAAAAACUUUGAGCAAACUGCUUCAAGAAAAAUGUCAUGCGAUGAGAUAAAUUCUCAUUUGUUAUUUGGUGAGCCAAAUCGAAGUGAAGUUCCUGUUGAGCAGAAUCCAGAUUCAGGUCAAACAAGUUUUGUGUCAACACUGAAAAGCAUUGUACAAAGGAGAAAUCUGGGGGCAAAUCACUACAGUUCUGAUUCACAGUUAACAACUAGCAUAGGCCCCCUUACAGAAGAUAGCAAAUUGCUUCUUGGGAAAAGAAAGCUUCUCUCCCCUUCCCCAUCACUGUCAUCUAGUUCCAGAGAACUGAUUGAAAACAUGCCUCCUACUUUCUUGAGUAGGAGAAAUCAUGCUAUUUUAGAGAGACGGGGAUCAGAUCACAGUGCCUUGGCUAGACCUGGUUUUCUCCCUCCCUUAAAUGUGAACCCUCAUCCACCAUUUACUGAUAUUUACAAGAUCAAUGCAACGUUUUCUUGUGGACAAAAACCCCUAAUCCCAACAGCACCCAUUUACCCUAAAGAUUUCAAAAGUAAGACUCUCUUGACAAGGAGACAGUCAUUACAAACUGAGCAGAUAAAGCAGCUAGUGAAUUUUUAGAUGAUUACAAGGAAACAACAGUCAAUGGCAUUCUAACAACCUGACUCUUCUGGAGUAUGAGAAUUGGCUGCACAAGCCUCUGAGUAACAAUGAUGUAGCAGCUCCAUUUCUCUGACUCAGUCAUGAAUGUUUUUCUUGAGCUUCAGCUGUGAAAAACCUUGCUUUUGUUGGAUGCAGAUAAAAUAUGGUGCAAAAUAUUGCUGCCUUCAUAAUCACUUUCUUAAGAAAGUAUGCAUAUGAUUCUCCAUAUUCUGCACAGAGAAUAUAAAUUAUUUUUUUAAUGAGGCAAGACUCUGAUGAGGCAAAGUCUUGAGUCUGCAAAUACCAAACUCUGUCUUUUAUGAGACCACUGGUGUUUUCACUGCAGUGUGUGACUAUAUUUCAACAGCUAUUGAAUGACUAAGCUUUGUGCAGUGCAAUAAUGGGACAGAUGAAAAAAAAUCAGUAUGUAGUUAAGUAUAUUUAAGCCCUUGAAUUCAAUAGGCUUAGUCAUGCCUCGUUGUGGCUAGUGUCUAUUAUUCUUAUAUCAAAGUAUACUUUUAAAAAGGGUUAUAGAUAUAUUUGUAAUGGUGAGUGCAUACUGAGAAAAAAUAUAAAUUUAGUAACAAUUUCUAAAGGUGGAAUGUACGAACAAUAGAAAGUAUAGCAGUGUAUAAAAGAGCAAUUAUUUAAUCUAUAUGAUAACAAAUGGAAGAUAUGGUUUAAAAUCCAAAAUACUUUUCCAGCUUUACAAAGCAAUUUCCUCCUAUCUAGUUUGCUACGCUUUUGAUGUUAAUCUAUGUAUAAUAUUUAUUUAAAUUAAAAAAAAACCCUGUGGCAUGAUGAAAGUCAA